CUUUAAUGACAUUCCCACACUAAAACAUUUUUAACUAUUAGUUUAAAAAAGAAAAACUGCUCCGGAACCUGAAUUAGCGUGAUAAUUUCCUAUUUCAUCAAUUUCAUGAUGAAAGAGCUUGAAAACCUCUGCAUGUUCUCAUGUAAUCAGCUUGAUAAGUCCAUCAUAUGGGGCUGAAGAAGGAACUCUGAAAAAAAUACUAUUGGAUAAAAAAAAGGUAAAAAUGCCUAAUAAAUUGGGACAUCUGCUUGAAUUAUGGUUUUUGGUGCAGUUUACAAUAAGAGCUGUGGUCUCUGGUGAAUGGGCGGUUUGGUACAACUCCAGAGAGCUGUGUGUGUUUAAAAGUUCUUCUGUGAGCUUCAACUGCACAUAUGACUACCCAGCCGGCUUCAGAGUGAAAACCCUCCAAUGGUCCAAACCAGGACCUCAACCAGGCCAACCCAUAAUAGUGUUCCACACACAGCCUGACAAGAUACACGCUUCAUACAGAGGCAGAGCUCAGAUCACCAGAGAGAACAAGAACUGCACUCUGAGUCUGACCAACGUCUCCAGCAGCGACGUGGGGACAUACUUCUUCCGCUUUACCACAUUCUCUGCAGCGUGGUCAGGAGCAGGAGGAACAUCUUUAAAUGUAGCAGUUCUACCCUUUAGAGUAUCUGUGAAUUCCAGCAGGGAAGGCGGCUUCAUCCAAGAAGGGGACGCAGUGAAUCUGACCUGUGCUGCUCAAAACUGCACCCCACCAGGGGUCCAUGUCACCUGGUAUAAGAACAGGGUCCCAAUUUCCCAAGUCAAAUCAAAGACCCUCAGUUUGGUCUCAGUGUCGCUUAGUGACUUCGGCAACUACACCUGCGGCCUGAACUACAGCGACACCUCGACAGCACCUGAGAUUCUGCUUAACGUGAGAUAUGGACCGAAGAACGUUACUCUUGCUGUUCAUCCAACGAGCACCAUACAGAGUGGGAGGUCCUUGACUCUGAUCUGCCAUGGCUAUGCUAACCCACAGGUGGAAAUAUACACUAUGUAUAAAGUGAACGAAACAGAUUUGCUCCGGAUUGGAUGGGGUUAUAAUCACACCAUCCCAGUUGUCAGUCCUCGAGAUAGUGGACAGUACAUUUGUUUGGCUGAAAACGCUGUGGGAUCGCAAAACUCUACAGUGAUAUCUGUUAGAGUAGAAGAUCCUGAAUACUUGUCGUUUCUGCCGGCUGUUUUGGGCGCUGUAUUAUUUGGAGUCAUUGUAGCAGUUGUCCUGUUGUUCUUCAUAAAGAGGAAAAAACAGUCUUCAUCCACCAGUGAGUCUACGAAGAAGCUCCCAAAAGAAGAAUUUACUCCAGAACCGGAGUCAAGAGGAUCCCUGCCUAACUUACAAACGUCUGCAGCCACUGCCUCAGAAGAGUGUUAUGAUAACCUCGCCUUCCAAUGCCAGUCUGACCCUGAGGAUCCUCAGCUGACUUACGCAGAGCUCCAGUUCCCACCAGCUUCUUCAGACAGAUCCAGCUGGAAUAGAGAAGAGGAUAUCUCUGUGGUCUACAGCACUGUCAGAACACACAGGGAACAUAAGAGAGCAACACAAGGACCAAAAUAACUUUCUGUGCUUUCAGUUAAAGUUUAUACACUGUUUAUUUGUGAUAGUGCUUUGGUACAAAGACUCUACCACCCCUGUAAAUAAUGGCUAAUGAUGCUUUUCCACUGCAUGCUGCCAAGAACCAAGUCUUUAUAGGUAAGUCAGUCCACACUAUGGCCAUCUUGACAACACAACCCAAUAUAUCCUCUUGGGCAAGACCAGUUUACUACCUUUUUGAAUGAAGACAAAACAAAAUUCUCUAAAACAAAGGUCUAAUUGAAAUUUGCCGUUUGGUUGAGGUUAUUGGUGCCAAAGGAGGGUCAACCAGUUAUUAAAUCCAAAGUUUCACAUACUUUUUGCACCCUACAUAUUGUGAUCAAAAACCAUACAAACAUAUACUUUUUGUGUGUGGUAUUAGUUUAAUCAAACUGUGUUUGUCUAUUGUUGUGACUUAGAUGAAGAUCAGAACACAUUUAGUAACCAAUUUAUGCAGAAACGCAAGUAAUCCCAAAUCGUUCAUACACUUUUCCUUGCAACUGUAUGUUCUAUAUUUCGUAAGUUGAAUUGGUGUCUGAUAAAAGAAAGAAUUCAGUGAGUGGUGUGGUAAUGGAAAACAAACCAACUACCAGGUACCAAAGCGUAGAGUAAUAUUGGUACCAUGCAGUGGAAAAGUGCCACAUGUGACCAAGGGGGUGGAGCUUAGCAUAUAGAUCAGUUCCAUGCUAUAGUAUAUUAUACACUCUUGCUUUAGUAACAUAGAUACCAUACAUAGUUUAUAGAUAAUUUAAAUAAAUUUUAUAUGUUCCAGCAUUACAUGUGCAAAUAUUUCUGAACACCCCCUAUAUUGAAUGCAUUCAUCUCCUUUAAAGUUGUCCUUUUGCUAAAAUCCACUUUUUCUUGUUCUUUGUGAAAUACUGUAGAUCUCUCUGAGGUUCUGAGUAUAUGGUGCUGCAUAUAAAACUGUUUCUCAGCCUUCAUUGUCUGUCGUAGCUUGUAAAAGAAAGUAUUCAGAAAAACGAGUUGACCAGGAAAAGCGCAUACAACCAGAGACUAUAUGUUUACAUGUAUUAACACACUCCUCCACUGGACUAAAACAGCGUUAUAACAGAUCACCGGAGCACUUUUUUUUUUUUUUUUUUUUACAAACAACAGCUUACAUAGCAUUCAUUCAUACUAGACAUUUUAAAAUGAAUGAAAAAACUAUGUAAGGAGACCUUUAAGUUACACCAAUGGCUGGCAUAGAUCUGCAAAUGCACACACACAGCUUGUCUAGUUCCUGUAGAGAAGUACAGCCAAAAAAAUAGGACUCUCUGGAGCAGAUAAACAGCAGAUAUACAUGUAAACCUAUUCGAGUCUCUGGAGUCAUGGGACUUCAUCCAAAAAUUUUUGGGAUGAGUCAAUGAGUUGGGGAUAAAAAAAACCCCACUUAAACAAUCAAAUCCUCACAGUAAUGGUUUAACUUUUAGUAGAAUACCUUCCCUUGAGUGGUAGAGAGAAGUACUCCAACCAGAACAAGAUAAAGUCUUUUUAUUUUAUUUUUUUUAAAACCCUGAUUAUGGAAUAAACAAUGAAUGAGCAGGUGUCCCAAUACUUCUGUCC